AUGGUAAUUAGUUGGAGAGACCAUUUCCUAUUUUGUGUUGAAGCAAUUUAUAAAGUGUAGGUUGAAACCAGUGAAAUCAAAGGGCAUUACUUGAAUGCUACUGCAGGUACAUGCAAAGAAAUGAUCAAAAGGGCUGUAUUUGCCAGAGAAUUGGGAGUUCCUGUCGUAAUGCAUGACUACUUAACUGGGGGAUUUACUGCAACUACUAGCUUGGUUCAUUAUUACUGAGAUAAUUGUCUACUUCUUCACAUCCAUCGUGCAAUACAU